UCGGUGAUGACUGUGUCGGAGGUCCUGGUUCACAGGCACCGCUGACUCGCUGCCCUCGAUCUGCACCAACAUGAGUCCAAAAAAUGUUGUUUUCAAGAAGAUUUGCAAGGACAAGUCGGUUGGAGUGUACAUGGGGAAGAGAGACUUUGUUGACCGUGGCGACUUUGUGGAUCCAGUGGAUGGCGUCAUCAUCAUUGAUCCUGAGGCUCUGCAGGGGAGGAAAGUGUUUGUCACCCUGUCCUGCACCUUCCGAUAUGGCAGAGACGACAUGGACGUGAUGGGAAUCGCCUUCCGCAGGGAGCUGUACCUGUCCACCCGCCAGGUGUACCCGCCGCUGCAGGACCGCGAGAAGGGAAUCCACACCAGGACGCAGGCCAAGCUGCUGCGCAAGCUGGGAGACAACGCCUACCCAUUCUUCUUCGAGUUUCCUGACAACCUGCCUUGCUCAGUGGCUCUCCAGCCAGCGCCCCAUGAUGUCGGCAAGCAAUGUGCUGUGGAGUUUGAGAUCAAAGUGUUCAGCGCUGAGAGCCAGGACGCUAAAAUACGCAAACGGAGCACAGUGAAGCUGAUGAUCAGGAAGGUCCAGUACGCUCCGGAGAACGAGGGCGAGGCGCCGUCCGUGGAAACCACCAGGGACUUUGUCAUGUCGGAUAAACCGCUUCAUGUCAAGGCCAGUCUGGACAAAGAGGUGUACUACCACGGUGAAGUCAUCAACGUGCACGUCAGCGUCACGAACAACUCCAGCAAAAACAUCAAGAACAUCAUCGUGUCUGUGGAUCAGGUCUCCACGGUGGUGUUGUACUCCAAUGACAGCUAUGUCAAAUCUGUGGCCAUCGAGGAGCCCGGGGACUCGGUGUCUCCCGGAGCGACCCUGCAGAAAGUCUACAAGCUGCUGCCUGUGCUGGCCAACAACAGGGAGAGGAGGGGCAUCGCUCUGGACGGCAAACUGAAGCAUGAGGACACCAACCUGGCGUCGUCCAGCAUUAUCAAGGAAGGCGUGCUGAAGGAAGUUUUGGGGAUCAUGGUGUCGUACAGAAUCAUGGUGAAGCUCAUCGUUGGAGGGAUGAUGGGAUCAAGUGAAGUCGGCUUAGAAGUUCCCUUCAAACUGAUGCAUCCUAAACCUGAUGCAGUGAAGGAGAGUGAGAUGGAGGAGGAGAUGGAGUUUCAGGAGUUCAAACGCACCUACCUGAAAGGAAUGAUCGAUGACGAGGACGAAGACGGAAACGUGUCGGGCGGUGACGAGAUGGCGCCCAAAGAAAAAUAA